AUCGUUGUGGCAACAACAAACGGCGAAAGCAACUUGCUGCAAAAACAAAACACUGACUUACGAUUACAAAACAAAUAGUGGUUAUAUUGACGACAGUGUGUGUGUGAAGGGGCGGGGAGCGCCGCCUCCAACGUCGGCACCGACGCCAGGGCUGCCAUAAAAUUUGCUCGUCAGUCGGCGGCGCUUUUGCAUUUUAGGAGCAGCUACGUAGCUGCUUCUCCCAUUCAUUCAGUCACGAGAUUUCAUUCAGUGUGUGAGUGUUGAUGAGGUUAGUUGUAAAACCAAUUGUAUCGGUAAUCGUUGCAAAGUGCUCAGCUCAUCAAAAACGCAAAGACGGCUAAAAUGUUACAAGUGCAGUGUGAUCAAAGUGUUGAUUAAACAGAACCUCGAGAAAAGUACAAGUGCGGAAGAGGAAAAGAGGAUAUCAGCAAAAUCGUAGCGCAGUUGUGUGCACUCGCUGGCGAAAUAUUGUGCUGCAUACUUCUGGGCUGUCCGCGAAAAUCAUUACGAACAUGUUGUUUUCGAAGCACAUCCGUGGAGGGAAUAGCGAGAGAAGCAGUCGCCACAACUAUAGAGCAACGCGCCCGCAAGCCAAGGCCAAACAGUCGCAGCAAUGGCAACACUAAUCCCAGCGACCGGAGGCAAUCCAGCGAGCGCACAGUCCUCCAAUGUUGAGGCCACAUAUGAAGAUAUGUUCAAAGAAAUCACACGUAAACUGUACGGCGAGGAGACCGGCAACGGUUUGCACACGCUCGGCACACCGGUGGCUCAGGUGGCCACCAGUGGCCCCACCGCGGUGCCCGAGGGCGAGCAACGCUCGUUUACGAAUUUGCAACAAAUCGAUCGCACCGCCGCGCCCAGCAUUGAAUAUGAAGCGAGUGGUGCGACAGGCGGUGGCAACGGCAACAACGUGGCCACCACCCAGGCCAAUGUAAUCCAGCAACAACAACAGCAGCAGCAGGCCGACUCAGGCAACUCUGUAGUGGUCAGCGCCAGCGGCAGCGGUGGCGCCACUGUGGUGCCGGCGCCCAGCGUCGCCGCCGUUGGGAGCUUCAAGUCCGAGGAUCAUCUGAGUACAGCCUUUGGCCUGGCCGCUCUUAUGCAGAAUGGCUUUGCUGCUGGCCAAGCGGGUCUGCUGAAAGCGGGUGAACAGCAGCAGCAACGCUGGGCACAGGACGCUGGCACGGCAGAGCAGCAGCAGCCACAGCUGGUGCAGUGGACAACAGGUGGCAAGCUGCAGAGCUAUGCCCAGGUCAAUCAGCAGCAACAACAGCAGCAGCAGCAGCAACAACAACAGCAGCAGCAGCAACAACAGCAUCAGAGCACGCCCAAGUCCAAAAAACACCGUCAGGAGCAUGCCACGGAACUGAUCUAUGCCAGCCCCUCCACAUCGGCCAAUGCGGCACAGAAUCUGGCCCAAAACACGCCCACCUCAGCGCCCACCAACAGCAGCAGCAGCAGCGGCGGAAGCAGCUCUUCCGGCGGCAGUCGCAAGAAGUCCUCGCAAGCCCAGGCCGCAGCAGCCGCUGCCGCUGCCAACGGUGUUCACAUUGUGAAGCGUUAUGCCUGCACCCAUUGUCCGUACUCGACGGAUCGUCGGGAUCUGUACACACGCCACGAGAACAUUCACAAGGACGAGAAGCCCUUUCAGUGCUAUGCCUGCCUCAAGCAGUUCAAUCGCGCCGAUCACGUCAAGAAGCACUUUCUGCGCAUGCAUCGCGAGCUGCAGUACGACAUCAACAAGACGCGUCGCCAUGUCCCUGCCGGCAGUGGUGGAUCAGGUGGUGGCUCUACUGGCAACUCGCAUCAUUCCGGCGGUCGUGGCAAUGUGACGAUCAAUGCGACGGGCGUAAACAUUGACAAUGCAUUCCUGGAGGCCCAGCGACAUCCCACCUCGACCAGCAUGAGCAUUGUGGAGACCAUCGAGGCGGUGGCCUCCGCUGCCGACAUGCCGCUGGCCCAGCUCAAGCAGGAGAAGCUCGACGAUGGCUCCGUACUGCCGCUCCAUGUGGGUGCUGUCAUGAACAAUGCCCAACAGCCGGUGGCCAGCUCUAGCUCGGGUUCGGGCAGCAGCAGUGCGGGUGGCGGCUCCGGUCUGCUGAAACCCAAGCGGGAGAAACGCUUCACCUGCUGCUAUUGCCCCUGGUCCGGUGCUGAUAAGUGGGGUCUCAAACGUCAUCUCAACACACACACAAAGCCGUUCGUUUGCCUGCUCUGCGAUUACAAGGCGGCGCGCUCAGAGCGUCUAGCCACCCAUGUGCUCAAAGUGCACAACAAGCGUGCCUGCAGCAAGUGCUCCUACCUCGCCGACACUCAGGAGGAGUUCCAGGCUCACAUGAGUGAUGUGCAUCCGCACGAUAAUCGUCCGGCGCGCAGCAGCAGUGGAAACAAUAGUGGCAACAACGGGGGAAACAGCAGCGGCAACAAUAAUGGCAACAACAAUGCAUCGCAUAGCCAGAACUUGAACGUCUUGCGAACCAUUGGAAACACCCUGGUGGCGAACAAUCAACUAAACACGUUUCACAAUGCCGGCAACGCUUUUGGUUCGUCAAGUGGCGGUGGCCAAACCGUGGGCAAUGUGAGCGGCAGUGGCGCCGUUACCAUCUAUACCACAACUACCAAUGAUGGCGUGACUGGCGGCAGUGGCGGUGGCGGAACCGGGAAUAACAUCACGGGCGGCCCUUUACAGGAGAUCAUUGUGAAUCCCACGUCGAUGGUGGGCUGGCGUCUCAGUGCCAACGGCUCUUUGAUACCACCGCAUGAUCUGCUCACCGGCAGCCUGCCGAAUGCCGCAACUCAAAAACGUGGCUCGGAGCGUUUAUUUCAAUACCUCGAAGCCGAGGGCAGCGAUCCGGAGGACUAUGCGCGUCUGCUAAAAAUGGACGCCAUUAGUCGCAACACAGCUUCGGUCGCUCAGGAUUUUCAUAAAGCGGGAGGCGUGCACGAGUUGAAAAUACCAGCAAAUCAUCAACUCCUGUUCAAUAAUAAACUGCCUUCGCAAUGGACAACACGAGAGGCUGCAGCGCUGUUACACAGCCUGAGCAACAUGGGCGGCAACAGCAACAUCAAUGGCGGCAACAGCAGCGGCAACAACAACAUCGCACAGCGGCAAAAGUUUGGCUCGAUGCGUGCUCGACAACACUCGACGGGAGAGGACGAUGAGAAUACGCCGUCAUCGGCAUCGUCGUCCUCGUACUCGGGUGACGAGUACAACAUGUCGGCAAGCACAUCGCCAAUGAAGUUGUCGCGCCAUGGCAACAGCAACAACAACAGCAAGUGCAACGGCAAAGAGAGCGAGCUCAAGGAGCAGCAGCAGAACAAUAACAAGGCGAUGAUGGCAACGGCAUUUCUGGAAGCAGCAGCUUACGAACAGACGGCCAUCGAGCUGCUCGCCAGCAAGCGAAAGCUGAAGAUUGAGUACGACGAAGAUCAAGAAAAUCAACAGCUGCAGCAGCAGCGAGUGCAGCUUAUUAAAUCGUCUCCCGCGUAUAAACUAAACAACAACAACAACAAUAAUACAAAUAAUAGCAACAACAACAGCAACAGCAACAACUAUUACAAAGAGAAAUCUCAUAGAAAUGCCGUUCAUCAUCAUCAGGAUGACAAGGAGAACAACACCAGCAGCACAGAAGCAACGACGGCUGCAGCAGCCGCAGCUGCAGCAGCAGCGGCAGCAACUGUGGCGGCCGCAGCAGCAGCAGCAGCUGGUGUUGCCGUCACACCAAACAGCAACAGCAACAACACAACCACCAACACACCUUUUCUCACACAAAUGGAAUACCAGAAUCUCAAUCGCAUUGGCACACAGUUUCAGAAUUAUGUUAAGGAUAUUAUCAACAAAUAUUAUGCAGCCGAGACGCCGCUUAUGCUGGCAGCAGCCGCAGCAGCGCUGCCCACCGCGACGACCACUGGGCAGCAGCGGGAGCGGGAAAGAGAGCGAGAGCAACAAUCGUCGCCCGCCAAGCGACGUCGUCUGCUGAGCGAGACUGAGGAGUAUAUUGAGUAUCUGCGCAACAAGGAGGACAUCACGCUGACCAUAACACCAAAGGUCUCUCAAGGCAGCAGCGUUGUUGCGUCGGCGCCAGCGCCAACGCUGCCGACGCAGUCACUGCUUAAACGUCAGCUGGAUCUGGCAGCGCCGCGCAAAAGUCCCAAAAAAGCCAGCAGCAGCAGCGGUUCAAGCACCACUCAACAGUAACAGCAACAAUAACAACAAUUGUAAUGCAUCUCGCAAGUCACUCAACCAUCUGGCAACGCUGCUGCCGCUGCUAGCCGACGCAGCCAGCAAACAGGAGUACUUAACGGCGCCGUUGGACUUUAGCAAAAAAGUCCGAGGCCGAGACUGCGCGCAGUUCGCGCAAGCAGGCGCAGCCAAAGAAAAUACGCCUCACCCCCGAGGCUGUGGUCACUAUGCUGCGCGACAAACAUCUCAAUCGCCUCGGUCAGCAGAAGCUGUGCUGCGUCAGCUGCGCAGUCAGUCAUC